AUGUUUCAUGUUCACAUAGAAAGAAAGUAAUGCAAGGGAGAUAGUGCCCAUGGGGAAAGUGGCCAUUAAAUUUAGCCUUGUAUUUUAACCAUUUAAGGGCAAUAAAUAGGCCUUGAUAUAUAUGCCCUACUUUAUUAUUUUAUUAUUCUAGCACCAGAUUAUUUUACUCUGUCUAACGCCAGACGAUGUUACUCGUCAAGGGGAGACUGCUACCACUUACGGGUUAAUCGGACUAUCGGCAUGCCUUCUUGCGAGGUGGCGAUGCGCGCUGAUGCGCCUUACUUUAUUCUUUUAUGAGCUAAAGUAUUCCCCACCUGAACUUAAAAGGGACCCUUUGUGGCUGAGAUAUCUGGAAUUUUUAUCUAUUUGGUCAUCAGAUACUAGAAAACUAUAUGAUUUGGUGUUUUUUGUUCUGUUUGGAGAUAUGAUAGAGAGUUUAACAUAUUUGGUUCUGAAGUGCUAAAUCGAAAUCGGUACAUGUUGCGGAGAUCGAUAAUACAUAGUUUCAGUCUGUAUGCAUCAUAAGGAUUAUCAUAGCACUACAAGUCUAGGAUUUUAGUACUAACAUCAUUUGUACAGCACGACACUUCUGGACAUUCCCACGAUGCAGUACCCCCGCAUUCGCUUUAGGGACGGACCAUUAGAAAAGUGAAGGGGUGGAGUAUUUUUUUCAUGUUUGCAAUUUCUUUUCAGGUUGUCAAUUAUGUAUGUAAUUUUUUUAUGGAUAUGUUACAAUUUUGUUUUGAGACGUUCCUGUUGCAUGUUUUUUAUUUUUUACCUUUUAUGCUUGUAUGCAUUUUUGUUUUAUCCCCUCCCCCUCCCUUCACUUUUCUAAUGGUCCGUCCCUUAAUAAGAAGCCAUGGUUUUCUCUUCGAAUUCCUACAAGUUCAAUUUUCAUCAUGCUUUACAGUGAACUUAAUUGGAUUUAGUAUUAGUUAGAGAAAUAGUAUUAUUCGUGAACUAACCAAGAUGUAUUGUUCAUGCAGUUUCUGAAUUCACCUGAAAGUUUCUAGCUUUUUAUUGAAAUUUCUUGUGGUUGACGGCUAAUAUUUUUAAAUAAAAAUGCCGUUUCGUGAAACGCGUGGAAAUAGUCCCGCGCGCUAUUCACGCGAUGCCCUAGCAAGUUAAAGCGCCUGGUUACGAGGCUGGCAGACCAUAAGUCACUCAUUUUUUCCUUUGUUCAGAUUAGGCGAGUUGUCCCUGAAAAGUGGUAUGCGAGUGCAGAACAUCUCGGGCACCCUUUCCUCUCUUCGAAUUCCUACAAGUUCAAUUUUCAUCAUGCUUUACAGUAAACUUAAUUGGAUUUAGUAUUAGUUAGAGAAAUUGAAUUAUUCGUGAACUAACCAAGAUGUAUUGUUCAGUUUCUGAAUUCACCUGAAAGUUUCUAGCUUUUUAUUGAAAUUUCUUGUGGUUGACGGCUAAUAUUUUUAAAUAUUAGCCGUCAACAACAAGAAGUUUCAAUAAAAAGCUAGAAACUUUCAGUUGAGCAGAAACUGAACAAUACAUCUGGUUAGUUCACGAAUAAUUCAAUUAUUUAUACAUUUGAAUUCGAUUUAGUUGUAAUGCAGAACUUUAUCCAUUGAAACAGGGUGUUUGCUGUAGUAGCCAAAUUAUCGAAACAACAAUAGCCGUGUCGAGAAUGACGUAAUAUUAGUCUAAUUAUGGACGCGUGAGAGUCGCGCGAGACGCGUGGGAGUUUUUCCUGGAAGAACGCAUGCUUUUCUUGGGAUUGCAUAAUAUUAACAAGAAACACAAAAUCUACUUUAUGUCGAAGUUUAAGUGAGAAUUAAAGAAGUUUUAAACCUUUUAUCGAGUGAUUCAAACUAUUUACAACACGUGGCACCUCCACACGGGAUAUGUGAGCGAAAAAACCCAGAAAAUAACAGAUAAAAUGGAUAAAAAGAUAAUUUUAUAGACACCGAGCGACAACUAUUAAAACUCACACGAAGCAAAACGAAAGCGAUUCUAGAGAAGGGAAAUCUUGACAAAAUCAUUCGACAUAAAGAAGCGUUGGGGAAAAUUGUGAAAGAAUUAGAAGAGCUUAAAAUACAAGGCGAAAAGGACAAGCUACAAGACGGGGAAGCGAUCGAAGAUGUUCAAAAAUGGGGAGUCGAUAUCGAAGGCGAGAUUGAUGAGGCGGAUUGCGAAAUAUCACACUUAAAUCAAUAUUUAACAGAAGCCGAGGCGAGGACUGAGAACGAGAAACGUGAAAAGGAGAAAAUAUUGCUAAAACAACAACGGGACGAAGAACUGUAUUUCGAAAAAUGUAAAUUGGAACAAAUGGCUAGCUUGGGUUCGGUCAGUGUCAAGUCAACAAAGGCAGAACAAGCAAAGGUGAGCAGUGUUAAAAUGCCUAAGUUAGUAAUAACAAAGUAUGAUGGUACAUAUGAAAGAUGGCUGUUUUUCUGGAAUAAAUUUGAAGCUGAAAUAGACAAUACAGACCUCCCAGCUGUAACCAAGUUCUCUUACCUAAAGGAACUAUUAGAGCCCCAUGUGUGUGAUGAGAUUGAUGGGCUACCCUUUACCGUGGAGGGGUACACCCGUGCUAAAAACAUUUUGAAAACUAAUCAUGGGAAUACAAGUGAAAUUGUUAGGGCAUAUGUAAAAAACAUUCAAGAGUUGCCUACAAUAACUGGCAGGAAAGUAAACAAGAUACAUGAAUUUAUUAAGAACCUGAGCUACAAUGUACAAUCGUUAGAAACGACAUUGGGUAAACUAUCGCAGAGUUUGUCAAUGGUACGGGGUGUUAUAGAGAAAUUACCUGGUAUUAAGGCAAAGUUGGUCACAAAUCAG